CUUCCGUUCCAGGAACUGUUCUUCACUGCUGCUGCUCAACAUACAGCCGACAGACCUGAACACAGACCUGAACACAGACCGGCAGGCCAGCUUCAUAUGAACUCGGACACAGGAUCUUUUCAGCAGACCUCCUUUGGUGUGUUUGUGUAAACAGAGAGGGCGUGGCCGGCAGCGGAAACACUUCCAGCUAUCUGCUGGGGUUUGUUACGAGCAGGCUGUUUCUUUCGUUGGCAUCUCUUACUUGGUGAAAUGUCCAGGUCAGACUACCCUCCAGGAUACGACGACUGCCGGGGCCCGCUGUACGCACCUCAGGGCGGGAAUUACCCACCACCCCCUGCGUAUGGCUUCCCUGGAUUUGGUGGUCCCCAGCCAGGCCAGCCCUCUGCUCCCUACCCCACUGGUCCAAACACCUCUCUGAUCCCGGGCCAACCAGGGGGCUAUCCUUCCGGCCCGUACCAAGGACAGCCUCACCCUGGCGGGCCUCCAGGGGCUGGCUACCCCGGGGCUGGCUACCCCAGUCCCCCUCCCAUGCCCCCUAUCAUGCCACCCACCAUGCCAUCAGAUAUCCUGAGCUCUGGUGAUGAGUUUGCGGCGAGCGGCAGCGGUUGGGACACUAUGAGCAUUCGGCAUGCCUUCAUCAGAAAGGUGUAUUUGAUUUUGGCUGUUCAGCUCCUCGUCACCACAGCCCUUGUGGCCAUAUUUACAUUUGUCGAACCUGUCAAAUAUUUCGUACGGAGAAACCAAUCUGUGUACUGGGCAUCGUAUGCCGUGUACUUCGUCACCCACAUGGUGCUGGUCUGCUGUAAGGGCCCCCGGAGGAAGUUCCCAUGGAACGUCAUUCUGCUGUCCAUCUUUACCCUGGCUUUGUCCUUCAUGACUGGAUCUAUUUCCAGUUACUAUGAUACAAAAGUAGUGUUUCUGGCUCUGGGGAUCACUGCCGUCGUCUGCAUCGCCGUCACCGUCUUCUGCUUCCAGACAAAGGUUGACUUCACCAAGUGCCAGGGCCUUUUCUGCGUCAUGGGGAUUGUAGUAUUUGUGACUGGCAUCAUUUCUACGAUUGUGCUGUCAUUCAAAUAUAUGCUGUGGCUUCACAUGCUUUAUGCCGCUAUAGGAGCCAUAGCUUUCACUCUGUUCCUAGCGUACCACACGCAGCUGCUGUUAGGCAACAGGAAGCACUCCAUCAGCCCAGAGGAGUACGUGUUCGCCGCGCUCUCCAUCUACGUCGACAUCGUCCAGAUCUUCCUUUUCCUGCUGCAAAUUAUCGGUGCUACGACCAAAUAAGUGCACCCAAGGGUACAUGACCAGCAGGGUGCAGACGAGCCCCCUGCAAAACCAUUACGUGCUUUUGACAAACCUUUCGCUUUAGUUUACAGUCUGAUGUAGAAUACAUUCAUAAAAUCAUGACACGCUCCGGUGAAACUGUCUACGGGCUGAGUUUGAGAUUUUGCCAUGGGUUAAUCCAUGAGCAAAAACAUGCACUUUUUCUGAAAUGAAUAUUUGUCUAUAUCUGCAUUAAGCAACUUAUCCGUGGUUUCAAAUGAAUGUUAAUUCUACAAUAUAAAUGCAGACACUGGAAUGCUGCAACAUUGAUUCACUCCUGCUGCAUGUUGAGGCCGACUGUCUCAACAUGUUCUCUGCAUGUAGAUGUUCUGCUAUACAUGAACAUUUAGUUUGUUCAAACAGAGGCCCACCUCUCUGGUUGGCGUUAAAGUACAGUAGGUGGAGGUGUUAAUACCACAAAGUUUGCUUUUGGAUAACAAGUAAUACCAGGGCCAGGAUAUUGUAAAAGUAUAUCUAUAUAUCUAUAUAAUAUUUAAAGCAGCUAAUGGACUUUAAUGUAAAGGAGAGAAAUGUUUAAUUAUUCAUGAAGUAAAUUAAUCAUUAAUAGGUCACUUCUAAAUACAUUUGAAUUACCAACUGACUGUUUUUCAAACGUCAGGCAUUUAUUUUUGAUAUUUGCUUUUAAUUAUUUAAAAUAAUAGUUCCACAUUUUGGGAGCUACUUCUUUUCUGUUCUGCUGAGUCGCAUGAUCAUGUCUGUCCGGUUAAUGUCAAACUGCAGCCAGCAGACGUUUAGUUUUGCGUAGCAUGAAGGAUUGGAAUUGCCCGGCUCCGUCUGAAGGUUAAAUAAAAUCUGCGACCAGCAGUCAAAGCCACAGUCACAUCUCGUUAGUUCAAUCCACAGAAAGAGGAGUACAAUCUUCAGGUUGUGCUUUUAGUCUUGUCCUGAUAAACUGGACUUUGUCUUGGCCUCAACUUCCUGAACCUGUCAUUCAUAUUAUACGGUUUGCUUUUGUACAGAUUAAACAUAUAUUAUAAUUAUUGAACUUUAUAUGUGCUGGAAGGCAGAACAAAGAACCUUUGAACAAAGUCAACUUCCCCCCUUUUCUAGUCUUUAUGCUAAGCGGCUGCCAGCUCGCUGGAGCUUCAUGUUUAGCGUACAGACACGAGUGGCAUCCAGCGACUCAUCUCUCAGCGAGAAAGUGAAUUAGCAUAUUCCUCAAAAUAUUGAACUAUUAAUUUAAUUAUAUACGCGUCAGAAGGAGAAAAAAAUGCACACAACAGCAGAUGAAAAGCUAAUAGUGCUGCACUAAGUGUUUAUGUGCACACAACGUGAUGUCACAUUUGGCAUUGACCCUAAUGACACCAGGAUGGGGACUCAAACUCACUGAACUUCAGCUCAUCCAUGGCUUCAUAUUAACAAGCCUCAGCUGAUGGUUUAAUACAUGUUGUAACUUUAUACAUUCUACAUCACUACAGUGCCUUCACAAUGACAAUGUUUCUGGGAUUAGUUUUUUACUUUAAGAAGUACAGGCUCUUAAUAGUAUUGUUACAUAUGUGUCUGUUUUAUAUAUUCUCCUGUUAGUCAGGGCUCGGUCAGAUACUUGAGUGCUAGCAGGAUUACACAAUCCAUGCCGUGGUGUUAAACUAUUGGAACAUUGAUGUGCCAUCUAAUGCAGCCUCGUUCAAAAGCUCCUAAAUGAUCAACCCCACCCAGCUGCUCCUCUGCACAGGUAUAGACACCCCCCCCCUGGUCACAUACAACCCAUGACUCUAAACAAUGUGGUAUGUGUUUGUAAAUAUACAUAUCAAUGAUGAGGAAAAUGUGUUUACCUUUUCAUAUCAAAUAAACUUUUGUAUCUGUGA